CAGUUUAGCAAAAUUCAGAACUGCUUGCACGUAAACAAAUUUUCUCAAAAGGUAGCUAACAAAGCCAUUACUAUGUUGCAUAACAUUUUGUGGAUGUGCAUGCGCCCCAGAGACCCACAUGUGUGUUCUUAUUCCAAUUAAAUGGAAGUUGAAACAAUAGAGUUUAUCAGACUUUGUGCAGGAUUGUACUUCUUUAGGCCAUCCUACAUUGCAGAACAAGUAAAUGUGCAUUCAUGUGUGUACACAAGGACCCGACCAAACAAGAUUUUUGUACUUCCUUAGGCCAUCCUACAUUGCAGAACAUGUGAGUGAGCAUUCACGUGUGUACACAAGGGCACAAACAAACAAGAUUUCCCAGAGAUAUUAAGCCGUCUAAAUUGAUGAGGUACAUGGAGAGAGUGAAAUCUUUUCAGCUUCUGGUUGAGAAGAUGCCAUGACUGAGAUAUCGCCAUGUGUCACACGAAGCACAACAAAAACUACCAGUGAGGGCAGAAAGGGCAAGUAAAAGGUCACAGGUGAUUAGAUUGCUGAGAGCUCUGUUGGAGUCACUUGUGGCAUCAUUGGCCAUAUAAUCACGACUUGUCUGUUACUAGAUAUGCAUUGUUGCCCCUAAAGGUCUCAGCUCUUAUCUCUGGAUAUGACGAAGACCGGAAGUGCUUCUUUGAGCAACUGAGACCUAUAUAAGAUGUCCAAAAUGAAACACAAACCAAACUAGUUGCACCACUUGAGUUUGCAGAAACCUUUUCAGCACAGUGAGUCAACUACAGCAGAUUUUGGAGGACCAUGUGGAAGGCGGCACUCUUGACCCUGUGUCUCUUGGUGGCUUUGGUAGACAAGGUGCGGCCAAAUGAAGCCCAUUCCUCUUUUUAUGGAAUGAAGCUGUGUGGAAGAGAGUUCAUACGCGCUGUCAUUUUUACCUGUGGGGGCUCUCGCUGGAGGAGAAGCAUUGGAGACGCAGCUCUUACUGGAGACGAGGCUUUUGACAGAUGGAAUGCGAAUCCUCUCCCUCAAAUGGCCAGUGAGCAAGAUCUUGCGCAAUCUAAUGUAUGGAAGGAUCCGUCAUUUGAUGCGGCGCCUGUGGAUGCUGAAUUCAGCCGCUCUGCUCGCUCACCAAUCUCGGACGAAGUCCUGGAGGCUCUUCGAAGUGCAGAUAGGAAAGGACGGGAUGUCGUGGUGGGACUGUCCAAUGCCUGUUGCAAGUGGGGCUGCAGCAAGAGUGAAAUCAGCUCCUUGUGCUAAACAUUGUUCCCUCUUCCAUGCAGCUUACCUUAUUUUAUUAUUAUUUUUACAUCAAGAUCACAAAUUGUCUGACUGUAUGUU